ACCUUACGUGUACUACGCUACUGAUCAUUGAUCACUCUUCCUUUUUUUUCAUUCAAUAUAUAAACGUAUAUAAACGUAAACAGAAUAAUAAAUUGUAUAUAUGAUCUGAUCUGUUAUUACAUUGGAUGUUGAAGAGAAGUUAUGAAACACGUAAAUAUAAUGUUAUUGUAUGUUAAUUUAUAACUUUUGUUCCAUCGAAGCUUGAAAUCGUUUAGCCAAAAAGAUGAGCGGUGAAAAUCAAAUCACAAUCAUUGUAAAUGAUAUUUUAAAAGUAGAAGCUGUAGAAGAAGCUUUCAGUUGUGUGUUGGUACAUCACCCAAACAGCAAGAACGAAAAAAUAGCAAAAUGGCAAACAGAAUUGUCAUCUGCUAUGUCAAACUUGAGCAAAGAACAGCAAGAAAAUGCAGUAAAACAGUUUAUAUUUUUAGCAGCGGCAAUGACUAACCAUAAGAGAUUACAGUUAUUACUGUCAUUACUUGAAAAUUUAGUCACAUCUAAUGUUUUACCAGCAAGACUUGUAUGUGAAUGUAUAUUAAAUUCUGAUAAACUUCAAUAUCAGUCAGAAGACUUUUGGGUAGAAUGUUUUGUUUUUAUUCGACACAUCAUUGGGGGAGUUGAUUACAAGGGUGUUAGAGAGAUAAUGAAGGGAUGCAAAGAAAAAGCCCAAACGAUCCCAUCAAGAUUAGAUGCAUCUGUUCAAUCUCAGUUAAAAGCUUUAGAAAAUGUAAUUGAAUAUAUUUUUGAUAGAAAUGCUUGUUUAUUACCGGGCUAUUUUAUUGUAACUGAAAUUCAAAAGGCUUAUCCUGAUGGUAAACAUUGGCCACAUUGGAAAUUAGCGAAAUUGCUUUCAAAUUUUGUUGAAAGUUUUCGCAAUACUGCGCAAAUGGUAUCUAUAGUUGGACAUUCAAAAAUGUUGCCUGUAGUUGAACAUACUGGAUAUGCGGAUUUGAUCAAUCCUUGGGUACUUGAUACAACAACAUUAAAAUUUUCAUUAAAAGGAAAUUUGCCUUAUGAUGAGGAUUUACUUAAACCCCAAACUGAAUUGCUUAGAUAUGUAUUAGAACAACCUUACAGUAGGGAUAUGGUGUGUUCAAUGCUUGGUUUACAGAAACAACAAAAACAACGAUGUAUAGCUUUGGAAGAGCAAUUGGUAGAACUUGUAAUUCUUGCUAUGGAACGUGCAGAAAAUGAAACAUUACCAGCAGAAGGAACCGAUGGGACUGUUGCAAAUCAUUAUGUAUGGUUGCAUCUUUCAUCGCAGCUUAUAUAUUUUGUACUUUUUUCGUACGCCUGUUUUCCGAGUAUCGUAAUGGCAAUACACGACAAAUUAGCAGGAAGAGAUUUGAGAAAGGGAAGGGACCACUUAAUGUGGGUUUUAUUGCAAUUCAUUUCUGGAAGUAUUCAGAGAAAUCCAUUAUCAAACUUCUUGCCAGUAUUAAAAUUAUACGAUCUUUUAUAUCCAGAGAAGGAACCCUUACCGGUUCCGGAUUAUACUCAAGCAUUAUGCACACAUCAAAUGGCUAUUACAUGUAUAUGGAUACAUUUGUUAAAGAAAGCUCAGUCUGAACAUUCAAAUAUCCACAGACCAAUACCACAUACUUUAAAACUUCACCAUGAAUUUUUACAACAUUUAGUUAUGCCAAAUACUUCUCUUUGUAUGGGAUCUGACUAUCGUAUUGCUUUGCUGUGUAAUGCAUAUUCUACAAAUCAAGAAUAUUUUGGUAGACCAAUGGCUGCUUUAGUAGAUACUAUACUUGGUACUCAAAAAGGUCAGCAGCAACAGCCGAUGCAAACGUUGCAAAAUAACGCAGCCCUUGCAAGUGGACCGACAACGCCAUUAUCAAUGUCAAUCUUGGAUUCGUUAACUGUUCAUUCUAAAAUGAGUUUAAUACAUAGCAUUGUUAGUCACGUUAUUAAGUCGGCACAAUCUAAAAGUAACAUGGCAUUGGCACCGGCGCUGGUUGAAACUUACAGUAGACUAUUGGUGUACACCGAGAUUGAAAGCCUUGGCAUCAAAGGUUUUAUUAGUCAAUUGCUACCAACAGUUUUUAAGUCUCACGCAUGGGGAACAUUGUAUACUCUUUUAGAAAUGUUUAGUUAUAGGAUGCACCACAUACAACCACAUUAUAGAGUGCAACUUUUGUCUCACUUACAUAGUCUUGCAGCUGUGCCUCAAACUAAUCAAACUCAACUACAUUUAUGCGUGGAAAGCACAGCUCUUCGUUUAAUCACUGGAUUGGGAUCAGCCGAAGUGCAACCACAAUUAUCUCGAUUUUUAUCGGAGCCCAAAACUCUAGUUUCGGCAGAAUCUGAGGAAUUAAAUAGAGCUUUAGUGUUGACACUGGCACGUUCUAUGCACGUUACGGGAACAGGAUCGGAUAGUCACAGUGGAACAUGGUGCAAGGAAUUGUUGAAUACAAUCAUGCAAAAUACACCACAUUCGUGGGCCAAUCAUACUCUUCAAUGUUUUCCUCCAGUAUUGAGCGAAUUUUUCCAACAAAAUAGCGUGCCAAAAGAAAACAAGCAACAGAUUAAAAAAGCGGUAGAAGAAGAAUAUCGAAAUUGGGCUUCUAUGAGCAAUGAAAAUGACAUAAUAGCACACUUUUCUGUACCUGGUACAUCACCUUUAUUUUUAUGUCUUUUGUGGAAGAUCAUUUUUGAGACUGAUCGAAUUAGCCCAAUCGCAUACAAAAUCUUAGAAAGAAUCGGAGCUCGAGCUUUGUCAGCUCAUCUUCGAAAAUUCUGUGAUUAUCUUGUAUUUGAAUUUGCUAACAGCGUGGGUGGGCAACAUGUUAAUAAAUGUGUAGAUACAGUUAACGAUAUGAUGUGGAAAUACAACAUUGUAACUAUUGACAGAUUAAUUCUCUGCCUAGUAUUGAGGACUCAUGAAGGCAGUGACGCUCAAGUAUGCUUUUUUAUAAUUCAGCUACUGUUAUUAAAAGCUAUUGAAUUUAGGAACAGAGCGCAAGAGUUUGUAAAAGAAAAUUCUCCGGAGCAUUGGAAACAAUCGAAUUGGCAUGAAAAGCAUCUUGCCUUUCAUAGAAAGUUCCCAGAGAAAUUUGCUCCAGAAGGUAUCAUGGAACAAACUAGCGGAGGGCCUAGUCAAUAUCAAAGUUUACCUGUUUAUUUUGGAAACGUAUGCUUACGAUUUUUACCAGUUUUCGAUAUCGUUGUACAUAGAUACUUGGAAAUUCCAGCCGUGUCAAAAAGUUUAGAAACACUAUUAGAACAUUUGGGAUGUUUAUAUAAAUUUCACGAUCGACCUGUUACGUAUCUUUAUAAUACAUUACAUUAUUACGAACGUAAAUUAAGGGAUAGACCGCCUUUGAAACGACGUUUAGUAUCAGCUGUCUUGGGUUCCUUAAGAGAAAUUAGAGCACCAGGAUGGGCACUCUCAGAAGCUUAUCAAAUGUAUAUGACUCGAUCUUCUGAUGAUGUUAUCACAUGGAUGCCAGAAUUGGAUUAUUAUAUUCGUUUAGUACGGAGAAUUGUAGAAACAAUGUCAGGUACAGCUCAUUUUCCUGCUACGGACUGGAGGUUUAAUGAAUUUCCCAACCCUGCUGCACAUGCAUUGUAUGUUACAUGCGUGGAACUUAUGGCUGUUCCUGUUGCUCCAAAUAUAGUUGCCAAUUCAUUGUUAGAUGUAGUUGCAAAAGGGUACACAGUGAUACCUUCAGAUGAAAUUCAUCUAUGGAUAAAUUGCGUGGGUUUGUUGUUAGCCGCUUUACCCGAAUGUUAUUGGUCGGCACUUCAUGAUCGAUUAGUAGAAACCAUUAACAGUCCAGGUUUAGCCAAUUGGCAAUAUAGUAAUUUAACACCAUUUCAAAUAUUUAAUUUUAAUAAUACGCACAACAGUUUGUUGGAAAAUAAAUUCAGUUAUAUGCUGGCAUUAGCACAUUCUGUGUGGCAUCAUGCUGGUGUUGGGCAAAUAACUACUAUGCCUCAAUUUAUUAAAGAGAAGCUUCAGCCAGUUGUAAAUAGCGAAGAACAAUUGAUAUAUGCUUGUCAUUUAAUUGGUCCUACUUUAGCGAGAUUUAAUGCUGAAAGACCGAACUGCGUUGUAGAAUUAACAGUUCGUUUAUACGAAAUGCUUGAACAAGUUGAUCGACUUCAAACUCAUUUAAAAUAUAUGGACCCAGUUUGUGAUUUAUUAUAUCAUAUAAAAUACAUGUUCGUUGGGGAUAUGAUGAAGAAUGAAGUGGAAUGUAUUAUAAGAAGAUUGAGGCCUGCUUUGCAAAUGAGACUACGAUUUAUUGCUCAUAUAAAUAUAGACGAAAUUCAGUCUUCCUGAGACGUACCUACUACUAGUAAUGCGGAAGUAAAUACAUGUUAAUGUUGAAUACACUGGAGUCUUUAAAUUUUAAUUUCAAACUAUUUUAAAAUGCAUUUUCUACAUAUCAAAAUCAAAUAUGAAAAAUAUUACAUACGGAAUCUUUGUAUAAAAUAAAGUAAUGAGUA